AUGACUGGUUGUAGGUCCGCCUUCGCUUUUCCAGUCAUGCACUCGUCAUGCGGGAAGACAGUCACGGCGUCUACGACAAAUUGGUAUCGUGCAUCGAUACGACUAGCAAUGUCAGAUGUAGUGGCUCUUCGAUCGGCAAUAUCUGCGCUGGCGUCAAGUUGCUACACCGACUGGACCAGUAGGUCCUCAAAGCCAGCGUUGGCGCUGCCGUUGACAUGGUCACAGUCAAGCCGGAUGACAAUGAGGCUGGCUCGCAUUCAUCAUCUCGUUAGUGGAAGUACCACUGGCUGGCCAAUCAUCAAGGGCACCGUCGGCCAAGACGGGGCCGCAGUCACUUGCAAAUAUAUCGACUGGCACUGUUCGUCAAUGUCGAUGACAAGCAAUGCAGGGAUCUGGAUAACUACACCAACUACGUCAUUAUUGAUAAGGUCAAAGCCUGACUUGACUGAUGACGCGACUGCUGCCUGCGAUGUAGCGACUGCUGUUGUCACGCGAAGUCUUCUGUCCAUCGUGGAUGACUCUCGUCUUGAGCGACCAUUGAGCAACGAAGCUUCUACAUGA